UGUGCCCACACUGAAGAUGGCGGCGGCCGGCGCCGCGUCCCUGCAUUGAGCGCCACGAGCCCGGCCGCCUGCCCACACUCGGCAUGGCUGCCAAGGGGGCCCGGCAGCGACCUCGGUGGGGCGGCGGGGAUUCGGCGGCGCCUGCCCGGCACCGAGACGAGGGGCCGCCGCCGGCUGCCGAGGAGAGCAGAGAGUCCUCGGGAACCAAAGCAGGUCAUGUCUGGGCUCCUGAAGGAUCAACGGCUUUCAAGUGUUUAAUCUCAGCCAGGUUCUGCGCAGCUCUGCUAAGUAACAUUUCCGACUGUGAUGAAACCUUUAAUUACUGGGAACCUAUGCACUACCUCGUCUAUGGCAAAGGAUUCCAGACGUGGGAAUAUUCACCUGUUUAUGCCAUUCGCUCCUAUGCGUACCUGUGGCUCCAUGCUCUGCCAGCCCUGUUCCAUGCUAGAGUUCUCCAAACAAACAAGGUCCUCAUCUUCUACUUCCUGCGCUGCCUUUUGGCCUUCCUGAGUUGUGUUUGCGAGCUUUAUUUUUAUAAGGCUGUGUGCAAGAAAUUUGGGCUUCACGUGAGCAGACUUAUGCUGGCUUUCUUGAUACUUAGUACCGGAAUGUUCUGUUCAGCCCCAGCCUUCCUUCCCAGCAGCUUCUGCAUGUAUUGUACCAUCGUAGCAAUGACAGGCUGGUACAUGGACCGAACCUCCUUGGCGGUCCUGGGCGUGGCCGCGGGAGCCAUUGUGGGCUGGCCGUUCAGUGCAGCCCUUGGCCUCCCAAUUGCCUUCGACUUGCUGGUCCUGAAAAGACGGUGGAAGAGCUUCCUGCAGUGGUCUUUGGUGUCUCUGCUGGUGUUUCUGGUGCCCAUGGUGGCCAUCGAUAGCUACCACUACGGGAAGCUGGUGGUAGCCCCUCUGAACAUCAUCUUGUACAACGUCUUCACCCCACAUGGGCCAGAUCUUUACGGCACAGAGCCCUGGUCCUUCUACUUCAUCAAUGGCUUCCUGAACUUCAACGUGGCCUUCGUCCUGGCCUUGCUGGCCUUGCCAUUAACCUGCCUGAUGGAGAGCCUCCUGCAGAAGUUUCGUGUCCAAAACCUCGGCCGCCCGUACUGGCUGACGCUUUCGCCCAUGUACGUCUGGAUCCUGAUUUUCUUCAGCCAGCCCCACAAAGAGGAGAGGUUUCUGUACCCCAUCUACCCCCUGAUUUGUCUCUGUGGAGCAGUGGGGCUCUCAGCCCUCCAGAAAUGCUACCACUUUAUCUUCCAACGGUAUCGCCUGGAGCAUUACACCGUCUCCUCCAACUGGCUGGCCCUGGGCACCGUCCUGGUCUUCGGCCUGCUCUCCUUCUCCCGUUCGGUGGCUUUAUUCAGAGGUUACCACGGGCCUCUGGACCUUUAUCCAGAGUUCCACAGAAUUGCCACAGACCCCACAAUCCACACCGUGCCCGAAGGCAGGCCGGUCCACGUCUGUGUCGGGAAGGAGUGGUACCGGUUUCCCAGCAGCUUCGUCCUCCCAGAGAACUGGCAGCUUCAGUUCAUCGCCUCCGAAUUCCGGGGCCAGUUGCCCAAGCCAUUUGCCAAGGGCCCGGGGGCCACCCGCCUCAUUCCCAUGGACAUGAACGAUCGAAACAAAGAGGAACCUUCCAGAUACUUUGACCUUUCCAAAUGCCACUACCUGGUGGAUCUCGACAGCCCCGACGAGGCUCCCCGGGAGCCCAGGUACACGGCUAACAAGGAGGAGUGGGUCACGAUCGCUUACAAGCCUUUCCUGGAUAGUUUAAGGUCCUCCCAGUUGUUCCGGGCUUUCUACAUUCCUUUCCUCUCCGACCAACACACGAAGUAUAUGAACUACACCAUCCUAAAGCCUCGGCGGGCAAAACUCGGCCGGAAAAAAUCUGGGACCUAAAGGACGAAGGAGAUUCGAAGUCCAGCUUCCUCUUCGGGUUUCGGGAUCCUCUCCCCAGUUUUGCAAGUCUGGCCAAAAACAGCCUGGAAGGAAGGAGAAAAGAAGAAAAAAAAGAAAAGAAAAUCCUGCUGUGUUUGUGACGGUUUCCCAUUUUUCGAGUGGCUGUUUGGCAAGACACGGAGGAGAUCUGACGGAUCCUUUUCAGAAACACCCCCAGGAAAAUAUUAACAAGGUGCUCUUACUCUGGUUAAGGAAGCCCAAGGAGCAGGCUGGAUGCUCGGCUGCAGAGCGGGGCUGAGCUGGGCAGGGCUGCUGUGGGGCUGCGGCCAUUCCCAAAGACCCCCCAUCCUAGGCUCCCCCCCCCACCUGCCCCAUGGCAAAUGCCUUUAUCUGACGUUUUGAGAGGCCUUGCGAGGUCACAGCGAAAUGUCUACGAGGAAGAACGCUCCCGAUGUCUCUUGGAUUGUGGGGAGAGGGAAAAGGGGGUCUUCGCCUCGGUCUGAGCCGAAAUAAUUUGCACUUUUGAAAAUUGUCCUGUUCAACUCAAUGUCACUCGUGUGACCGAUGUUCUCUUUUUCAAAAGCGCCACCGUCUUUGCCCGCUCCUUCCCCAAAAGCACCCUUUUAGGAUUUUCCUUUGGACUCUUCGCCGGGUUCUGGAUCCGUCAAGCAACACCUGGUUGUGUUUCUGGAUUGGGGGAGGGGGGCAUCCAGUGCUGAUUGUCCCCCCACUGUUGGCUCUGAAAUACCGUUUCAUGCUAUCCCAGCCUGAGCCGGGUCUGUAACUUCAGUGUUGAUUAAAAGGAAAAUUGGCCUUUC